GGGAGUUGGCAAACAGGAAAGAGAAGCGCACUAUAAGAAGAGAGCGAAACCCGAGGAGCGUCAAAACAUUUAGACCACAGCCGAGAGAGGAGGAGAGGAGAGAGGGAGACAGAGGGAAGGAGAAAUAGGUGGGAAACGGCAAUGCCUUCAUGAAUAUAGACUUAAAUCGCGGUGAUUUAUUUCCCACAAGGACUGCAAAGGCUCCUACUUGUCAUAAUCCAGCGUCAGCACACUGGGUGGAAAGGUGAAAGUGAGGUCCGACGACGCACUCCUCUGGCGCACGGCGCGCCUCGGUGUCCCCGCGCACAGAAAUCCUGGAUGAGCGCAGAGUCCGCUUCAGCACCUGAGGAGAGGACAGCUCCGCUCUGUGCGCUCCUCCGGACCUCCUGUCCGAAAACUCCGAUAGGCUACAGCUUUAAAUGUCAACACUUCCAGUCUGACUCUCUGCUUCACAAGUCUGGAAGAAGUCUAAAGAUCCUCUGACGGAGAGAUCCGCGACUGACUGUGUGCUCAAUAUGUACCAGGGGCAUUUACAGGGGAAAGACUCUAGGGCUGCAGAUAAGACUGUUGCCAUGGUCCUGAAGGAGAUACCAAGUAAGGCGUCAUCAGAAGGGAAGCCCCUCCUCACAGUGACUACCAAGCUGGUGAGUGAGCAACAAGAGAGCCGCCCGCUUCUGAGUCCCUCCAUCGAUGAUUUCCUCUGCGAGACCAAGUGUGAUGGGGUUUCCCGUCCAGUGACUUCCAACACAGCUGUUAUCUCUUCUACACUGGACCUGCUGGAUCUCAGCGAACCUGGCGAGAAGAAAAGCAGCAAAGACAAAAGGAGCCCCCUGUCAUCUCGGGGCAACAGCCAGAAGAACAACUCUCACAGGAAGAAGACGGAUGAGACGGAGCUGAUCCAGGUGGAAGUUGAACAGACAGGACAAAGCAUGAGGACCCCAGAGAGGGCGUCACUAGACUCAGUUGGUUCAACAUUGGAUAAAUGGGAAGAGCUUAACCCCAACCCUGAGAGGAAUGGCAACAGAAAAUGGAAGUUGGAGAGACGGCGCUCAUCUAAAAAUUCAUCCAAUGAAUUUCUGUGGUCCACAGACUGUAAAACUCAAUUAGAGCCAUUGAACAAGAACUUGGAAGCGAAUACCAAAGUGGAGACUGAGUGUGCUUUAGCAUCUCAACUCAACAGGCAGUAUAUUAGUGGAAGACAUGCUCGCCUAAGCAAGGAUCAGCGGUGGGGCAGCGCUCUCCUGUCCAGACAUCAGUCCCUUGAGGAAGAGUUUGAGCGAGCCAAGGCUGCUGUUGAGUCAGAUACCGAGUUCUGGGAUAAGAUGCAGGCAGAGUGGGAAGAGCUCGCUCGGCGGAACUGGCUGACAGAAAACGAGCAGGCGCAGAUUCCCUCCUCUGUCUCUCCACAUGAGAAGGGUUACUACUUCCACACAGAUAAUCCUUAUAAAGAUUUGCCUAACGCAUUUGAAGAGGGACUAAAGAAGGCUCGAGAGGGAGACUUGCAAAAUGCUGUACUUUUGCUGGAAGGAGCCGUCUUGCAGGACCCUCAAGAUUCAGAGGCUUGGCAAGUGUUGGGGACCACACAGGCUGAAAAUGAGAAUGAGCAGGCAGCGAUCGUCUCCCUCCAGAGGUGUUUGGAGCUCCACCCAAACAACCUUCCAGCCCUCAUGGCUCUGGCUGUGAGCCUGACCAACACCGGUAUGCGAAAUGAUGCUUGUGAGGCCCUGUUCUGCUGGCUGCGCCACAAUCCAAAGUACAAGCACCUGCUGAAGGGCAAGACCCACCUGAUGGGAUCCCCGAACUCCCAACGCAGAAUGUCUACUGCUCCCAAUGUGGGCAGACAUGAAAGCUCCCUACCCGAGGUCAAAGAACUCUUUCUGGAAGCAGUUCAGCACAACUCUGACAGCGUCGACCCGGAUUUGCAGACGGGCCUUGGGGUGCUCUACAACCUCAGCGGAGAGUUCAACAAAGCUGUAGAGGCCUUCAAUACGGCCCUGUCAGUGCGGCCUGAGGACUACUUGUUGUGGAACCGCCUGGGGGCCACACUGGCGAACGGGGACCGGAGUAAGGAAGCUGUGGAGGCUUAUACAAGAGCCCUCGAGCUGCAACCAGGUUUUAUCAGGUCCCGCUACAACCUAGGCAUCAGCUGUAUUAACCUGGGGGCACACAGAGAGGCGGCCAGUAACUUUCUGACUGCCUUAAGCCUCCAGAGGAAAAGCCGGAGUCGGCAGCAGUCCCACCAGGUCAUGUCUGGAAACAUCUGGGCUGCUCUGAGGAUAGCUUUGUCCAUGAUGGACCAGCCCGAACUCUUCCAGGCUGCAAAUAUUGGUGACCUGGAUCUCCUCAUGCGGGCCUUUAACCUAGACAUUUGAGGAUUGGGAAGUAGUGACAAUAGCAUUUCCCCCUUCACUUACAGUACUCUUCGAUUUCUACCCAACAGCCAAAAGACCAAAGUGCACACAUCAGAGUGGAUUGGAUCUGCUGUUAGAGACAAUAGUGUAGUUUUAAAGCACGUCUAAAUUAACUGCAGACCUCAAAGUUGUCAUAUUUUUCGCUCAAGUAACUUGGAGCACUUCUGAGGACAGGUUCUUCCAAGUGCUUGAUGUGACUGCUUUGUGAUGGAUUUGCACUGCAAUUUGUGAUUUCCCUGAAGAGCACAAGGACGGGCAAAGAUUGUACGAGCAAUGCCUUAGAGAACACAUCAAUUAAAAACUGACUCAUCCAGUGGAACUGAGCUGAGCCAGGAGAGACAGGCAGCUUGAGAAUCUCAUACAGGAACCCUCACAUGCCGUUUCCAGAGAAAAGAUGAGGUUUUGAGGAAAAAAACAGAAAACUGGUUUUGUUAUCUUAAUACUUUUAAAGACUGUCUCACCCUCCUAAAGGCUGGAUUCAGUGAACAAAUGAUAAAGACUACACCAUAUGACCUGGAGCUCCAAAUUCUGUUCCUGGCUUGAUUUCAUCGUCUUUCAAUGGUGAAUAAUGAUCCUGCAUGAACAAGCAUUUUCAUAAAUGGAUUCUUAUUUAAAAUUAACACACUUUUAGAAGUUUUCCUUUUGCACUUCAGACAAACAAGUGGAAUGUGCAAGCCAGGUUGUAAAGCCUUACUCAAAUGCAUGCGAAAAACAAUAUUCAUUUAUUUAUACUAUUUUUAUGGCAACCAAAAAACACUAAGCCAUUUUCAGACUGGUUUUAAUUUCUUUAAAUACCGGCCAUCGUCUGAACUUGAACAUUCAUUUUUGUUUUGUUGUUUGUUGUUUUCUAGAUUCUCUUUGCUCCCUUUAUGCUGACUGGGUGGAACAAUACACAUAAAAGCUGGGCAACAUUGAUCCCUAAAUCCUUCAUUAUUGUGAAAACUUUCAAACAUUCUCACAUGAUCAAAAGUUGUUACAGGUCUAAAAAUAUCUCUUUUAUCUUCUAGGAUGGCUUUAAUAGCCUUCACAUUUGAUGUAUGUAUCAGACUCUUAUUUUCCCAACUGUAUUCAUUUCAAUACAGUGUAAUAAUAUUACAGGUAGGCCUGUUAGAUGUGUGGCAGCAAGCCAAGACCUAAGGAAGAUUGGGGCAUUUCCUAAUGCAGUCAUUUGUAUCUUUGCUGUGCCUCCACAGGCAGUGACACUCAUAUAUUUAAUUAAAUCAGUCUGCCUCAGCCAUCAUGCAUAAUAUAAAUAUGUAUGUAAGCUCGGGCAGAAUCCUACACAUAUUUGAAAAGCUAUUUGUUUUGCCAUCUGCAAACUUCAAUUCAGAAGAGAACAUUAUGUUAUGGUGCAUCCACAAAAACACAUGAUUGUAUUGAGCCAGUUAUUCCGUAUAAUGCUUCUGCACCACCACAGAAGCAAAGCUUUAAUACAUGCUUUUUUUGCUUCUCAGGCGUCACUGUUGCAAGUUUGAAAGUCACUCUGUGAAGUGAACAUCACGUUCCUCGCCGUAAAUGAUAGACAAUCUGCUAUUCUGUGUAGCUCAGCACCUUGUUGUCUAACAGGCAUGUCCACAGUCUGGGUGUGCUGUAGAAAGUAGGUUUUUAUUAUUCUCAGAUCCUAUGCAAAAGGUCAUGUUUUAUGUUGCCGUUCUGAAUUGUCAGUCAGUCUGCCUCGGUGGACCAAAAGGAAGUGGUGAUUCUCUGCUAUGAAAGAACGCUAUCAGGGGAGACCAGAGACCGGCAAAAGAGACAUUCAUCUUCCAAACUGUACAGCUUUGAUGCCAUGGUCUGUAUGAGAAAAAGUGUUUCAUUAGGAAGCUGGUGGAGAACAAAACAAGUGUGAUUGUAAAAAGGAACAGAACCAUCCACUUAAAGUGGAGCCUUCAUGUUUUAUAACUCUGUAGUGUAGCAAUAGGACCUCAAACUCCCCAUAUUUACAGACGUACAGUACAUCAAACUUUGCUAUCAGUGGUUUGUUUUAUUCCACGAGCGGCCACAUAUGUUCUCUUUGAAACUCACCUUAGAUGCACUUUGAGAAGAAAACUCUCCUUUUUAAGUGGACACCUAGCAAACUAUUACUAUUGUCCAACUAAUCACAUUACUGUUAUCCACUCGUACAUUCAACACACAACAAGUAAGAUGAUAUUUCAGGCUGAAACAGAUGAGUAGCUACUGCAGUCAGACACUGUUGAAAAAUGUUGGCAGAGAGUCUCUGUGGCCAACUAUGAUGUUUAAUAGAUCAAGGAGGCAGAAGAGCCCAGUGAGACACAGCACAUAUGUGCAUGCCACUAACAAUCUGCAUCGUAGGGGGGCUGACAGUGGACUGCACAAUGGCAAAGGCGAUGAGGACAAAGCAAAAGUGGAUGCACACAUUUAUUCAGAAAUUUUAUUAUGAUGAAAGAAUUGUCAGUGAAGCUGUGACAUAAUAUCUGUGGGAUAAUGUCAGUAGAUUUGAGAAAAAAUACAGACUUCACUUACCACGUGUGAAUGUGCCACAUGAAGCACAGUCGUGGGGUGGGUAAUUUCUAAAUCACACAAGGUCACCGAUCAUAUUAGUCCUGUGCAAAUAGGGCUUAAGUUAGUGCUAGCAGCACAGCUUUAUAGAUGGAAAUGUCGCUCUGUUGGCCCACCACUUUGGUACAGACUGAAAUAGCUUAGCAGCUGUUUGAUGGAUUGCCAUGGAAUUUAGAACAGACAUUUAUGUUCCCCAGAGGAUGACUCCUACUGACUUUGGUGAUCCUCUGACCUUUGCCACCAUUAGUAAAAAUGUCAAAACUCUUGGAAGGAUCGCCAUGGAAUUUGGUACAGAGAAUCUUACCCACCUCCCUUCAGGACGAAUUGUAAUAACUUUUGUAAUCCCCUGCCUUUUUACAUCUAGCAUCACCAUCAGGUCAACAUUUUAAUGUGUCCAAUACUUUGGUUUGUCAGAAUCAGAAUGGACUUCAUUUUCAUUGUAAGUACAUACAACAAAAUUAAAAGUGCUACUAUAUGGUGCAAAACACACAUAAAAACACACACAUUGAACUAAGAACAGAGAACAGAGAGCAGAGAAUGUAAAGUUGGUAAAAGAAUUCAACCUAGAGUAAAUAGAAAAAUAGUAAAAUCAUUUAGUAAAAUAGUAAAAUAAUUCACUUGUAUUGCACAAUGUUAGAUAAAGUGCACGAAUGGAUGAAAGUGCUUAUUGUUUUUUUCCUUUUUAAUGUACAAAUUGCUUGUGGGAAAAAACUGUCCCUGAAUCUUAGAGGUGCGUGUUUUGACCGACCUAUAACGCCUCCCAGGGGGAAAUAGUUAGAGGUGAUGGCCAGGAUGGGUAUAGAGUCUUUUAUGUUAUCUGUGUUGCUUUUCUUCCUGAAGUCCAGCAUCACUUCCUUGGUUUUUGUGAUGUUCAGUGACAGGUUAUUCAGUGAACACCGCUCCAACAAUCUCUGUACUUCGUCCCUCGACCAAAUGCCCGCAAAAUCCCAUUCUCGUCAACCUCAGCUCAGCUAUCCUUUGUGUUUGCUGUUGAAUAGCAACUUUUCUCACAUAAAAAACUGCAUGAUAAUGAUAAACAUUAUACCUACUUAACAUCAGGAUGUUAUCAUUGUCAUUGUUAGCACCCCUGUAGAGCCUCAUAGAGACCCGAGCAGGCUGUAGACUCUUGAUUGCAUCUACGUUACAGCUGCACAGCUACAUUUAGCUCAUUAUCGGAUCAAAAUCUCAGAAAGUCCCAGACAAGCUUCCACCCACUUUUGUUUUCAUAAACCAUAAACCCAAUCUACUUAUAACAGUUUCCUGAGAGAUUGUUGAGAGACAUGGGAGUUAUUCUUGAGGCCAGUAUCUCUCUAUUUUAAAAUAUAAACACCUAUUCUGUCCUGUGUCCUCUCAGUCUUUUGUGUCAAUAGUGAACUGUAGGAACUCAAAACAUGAUGUCUGGUAAGUUGUGAUUUCCAAAUGAAUUCUAGUUUUCUUAUGAGGUUGUAGGCCUUCGCUUUUUUUCAUUUCAAGAUACUGUAGUUGUGUUAAAAAUGAGAAACUUAUUUUUUUAUAUAAACUUUAAAUUGCUGGCUUAAAAUGUAAAUUUCUACUGUGUACAUCAUACUGAAGUGCAUUGAGAUUGGAUGCCUGGUGCCAGUUUUCUUUUUGUAGAACCUACCUACUGUACCCUCUCAGGUAAACUAACCUAGCUUAACGCAUGCUCCUGAGGAACAGAUCGAGGUUGAUGGCAUGCUAGAUCCUCUCCAUUUUUUUUUUUUGGAAAGUUGUUUUUAUUUGUAUGCAUGAAAUACAUGGAAGUGCUUUCUUUUGCUCCCACAACUAACAUAGAAAAAUGAAAUAUAUCAUGAGGUUUUCUUGCAAUAUUUCUACAAUGCACUUUGAAAAACUGCAACCUUGAUCAAAAAGUGAUGUACAUACUACAUAGUCAGAAUAUACUCAACACAAAAUGCUUUUUCUUGCAUAGAACGAGUGAGUGCGCAACUCAAGUAGAGAAACAGUGUGUGAGGAGUAACACACUUAAUCUCUUCUGAACAUGCUGAACUUGAGCUUACUGAUGCAUUGCUGCCUAAAAGGUUAGACAUUUAGAAAUCCUGUAGACAUUUUGUAAUGAUGGCUUCUACAAACUGUAAAUGUACUGAUAACACUUUUACUAACCCCAGCCAAUAAAGCUAUUUACCAACUGCUUUUUAGUGUUGAAGCUUGAUCAUGCUUAACUCCAUAUCAUAGAUCAGAACUUCAUAUCAAUAACUUGUUACACACAUUCAUAAAGUUACUGUAGCCUACACUAUUAAUAGUUAUGUGCUGCAUUAGAAAAACAACAAAAAAACACUUGAAUUAAUGAUAUUAAUAUGUUCAGUUUUAAGUUUACACAUCCUUUGCUCAUCACAAUUUAUAUAUCCUGGAGAACCAGGGAUUUCAAAUUGAAAAACUAAAUCAUUAUGAAAUAAAUAAUAUAUUAAUUAUAAACUAAAUAGACAUAUACACACAAAACCAUGAAAUAAUUUGUGAAAUCAAAAACGUGGGCUAUUCAUUCUUUACAACAACAGAGUGUAUUGCACGUCAUUUCUUUUCAUUGUAGCCAGUUAUGUGAUUGGCUGCCUACUCAAAGUCAGAGCCAAUCACAUGACUGGUUCUGACCAGUUGAUCUUGAUUGACAAAGGAAGACUUUGUGAUGAAAAGGUGGCAAUAUGGAAUAAAACGGUCACUGGGAAAAGAAAUGGUUGUGUGAAACAAAAAAUACCUAGAAAUAUAGUUAGUUAUAUGAAAUAUAACUGCUAUUACUUCCUACAGCAGGCAAGAGAAAAUAUUUAAGACUUUUGUAAAUUAAAUUCAAGACUUCUAUUUUUUGAGGAAACUGAGUUCAAUGGUUAUCAAGACUUUAAGACCUGCAAAUACUCUGUAUUUAAUGUUGGAACACUUUUUCUCCAUAUUUACAAAGCAUUUCUCAUUGCUUUGUAAGUAUGGUAAAAAUGUAUAGAUGUGUUUAGUCUUCUGCAUUAUUAUUAAGUUCUCACACUCUAUAAAGCAUUUCCAAAAUGUUAUUAACAGCAUUAUUGGUUGGGCUUCAUAAAGGUUAUCAGUGCAUUUUUUCUUCGCUCCUUAAAUUCAACAUGUGUACAAAGGCUGUUUGUUCUGGUUUAUUUAUUGAUGCAUCAUACAUAUGAAUAAAAUAUUUUGAUGAACGUAGAAAUUAUAUACUUUAUAUACAAUAUGAAUUACUUAUUGAAACACCUACUAUAAUGCAUAUUACUCUCCCUGUAUAAUCACAAGGAAAGCAUUAGCACCUUUCGAAACGUACAAUAUGAAAGUAAUCUUUUAAAAUAAAUUGCUGUUAUAUAUUCUAUGCUCUUGUGUCUUUAUUUUCCUAAAGGAAACACUUGAAUUGCAGCUUUUAUUCAUUCUUAAAGAGGACAAGUCUCAACAAAAGGUGUAGUUUAUUAAAUUACCCAAACAUUGUAAGUAAACAGUGCCACUGCGUAUACUGUCAUGACUCUAUUCACAUACACCUAAACCACAUUUGGAUAAACGCAUACAUUACAAAAGUCAACUUAAAUAAUCCCUUCAGCAAAUCUAUGUAAUGAAAACUACAGAAUUGGCACAAGCUUGUUUUCAAAAAAGGCAACAGAGUAAAAAGAAGUGAAGAACCUUUUUUGACAUUUAGUGAAAUGAAAAAGAGAAUACAACUCACAAAAGUACAAUUGUACAAUCCAAAUGACUAAAUGUCAACGUCUAGUGCACAUGCUGACGGUGAAAAAGCAUUUUUGUGACAAAUUGAACCGUUUUAACAACGUAGAGAAAAAGAAUGGAGGAGACCGAGCUGGAGGAAGAGCUGAAAUAAGAAGACAUAAAAUACAAACGUAAACAGGAAGAUUGGCGGGGGGAAGGCGCAGAGAAAUAAAAUUAAUUGCACAGAAUAUCUGAAGACAUUUAUGACAA